AUGGCCACCCCGACGCCGACAAAGAUUCUCAACCCACAACCCUGGGAAGUUUCAAGCGCACAAAAACAAUACGCUCAGGGAUUUAUUGAUGCCCUUCGUCACAUUCAACAACUCGAGAAUUUCAAGUAUGACACGAAUUUGGUCUCUCCAUCUUUGGUCGCUCCAAUCUUGAGCACACAAUCCGAACUCUUGCGAAGCCCGCUUUUAUCCCCGACGGCACCAUUAGAUCUCCAAGCUGUCAUGCAAGCUCUAGGCGGCAAUCCGUUGACUCCAGUCUGUUCGGCGCCGAGCCUUCUCCUAUCCAAAAACGAGUCAAGUCUCGUCGAUUCGGCUACGACAAGCGCCUCGUUGACCUCGACGCUAAGCCAACUACCGCCCGCUUUUCUACAGGCCUCCUCUCUGCCGGUGCUGCCCUCACUCGCCCCGUCGACCACUGCGAGCACUCCAUCCUCCUCCUCGUCAUCUUCAAUUCCAUCGUCAUCCACUCUUCCCACAAAUCUUUCCCUUCCCGCUCCGUUGCCUCAUUUCUUCAAAAAUAAUCACCAAAUGAUGAGCGCGCAAUUGGAUCUGAAGCCGACGCCUCCGCCAAUCGUUGAAAUGCCCGUCAAUCGAGAGAUCAAAAUUGAGAUCCCUGCACCUCGUGCCGGUUCCGAGGACUCAAUGUCCUCUCGCUCAUCGUCAACUGGCCCAUCAUCGUCAGGCGCACGGUUUCACUCAUCCCGCGAUGAUCCAAUGGAUGGUAUUCAUGUUGAUGAGCAAGAGCGCCGGAAACUCGAACGAAAACGUCUCCGCAAUCGGCAAGCUGCCAGCAAAUGUAGACAAAAGAAAUUGGAGAGAAUUGCUGAAUUAGAAAUUCAAGCCAAUGAGGAAAAGCUCCGCUCUGCAGCACUUGAUGGUGAUUUACAGAGACUGCGGCAUUGCUUAGAGGAUUUGCAGAAAAAGGUAGCCUAUCACCAACAAAAGGGUUGUCCAUCAGCGUAUCCACGAGGAAAUGUGAAAAUCGGGAAUGGACAU